ACAGUUUUAGUAGAAUAAAUUAAUUAUCCAUAUACCUAAAGACAACUUUCUUGAUGACUAAAAUGUCCCUAGUGUGUAUUAAAAUUUAAUAUAUUGCCACUAGGUAUGUUUUGGGCUUUGCUUUUUGUGUAUAUUUCAUGUUUAUAGAAUGAAAAUCCUGUAGAUUUCUUGCAUUUCUAUGAAUCUUGAAACAUUAGGGAGCCAUUAACAUCAUUGAUUUUGUGUUAUCACUAUUGAGAAUGAAUAUAUUCAGGCGCUUGCUGCCCAAUAAAUUUGGAUUCAAAACAUCCAACAAAUCUUGUAAUGCACGGAGCAUUUGCUCUAUCCAUUCGUCCCCGGACUGUGUAGUGGAAGUUCAUUCCCCCGAGCAGGAAGUUAUUAUUGCUUUGGGAAGUAAUGUGGGAAAUAGACUUCAUAAUUUUGACGAAGCACUGCACCUAAUGAAGCAAUCAGGUAUACAGAUUACCAGGCAUGCUUGCUUAUACGAGACAGCGCCUGCUUAUGUAACUGAUCAGCCUCAGUUUUUGAAUUCUGCUGUUAGAGGUGUCACGAAACUAGGGCCUCAUGAGUUGUUGUCCGUGCUCAAGAAGAUUGAGAAGGACAUGGGUCGUACAACUGGGAUUCGAUAUGGUCCUAGACCUAUUGACUUGGAUAUUUUGUUUUACGGGAAGUUCAAGAUUCAUUCUGAGAUACUAGAUGUUCCACAUGAAAGAAUCUGGGAGAGACCAUUUGUGGUGGCACCUUUGAUUGAUCUACUCGGUUCAGACAUAGAUAGUGAUACAGUUGCACGUUGGCAUUCGUUUUCAAAACAUUCAAGCAAUCUUUUCGAGUUGUGGGAGAAACUAGGAGGUGAGUCUCUCGUCGGGAGAAAUGGGAUGAAAAGGGUAUUGCCAGUAGGAAACCACCUAUGGGACUGGUCUUCGAAAACCUCCCUUAUGGGUAUUCUUAAUUUGACUCCAGAUAGUUUUAGCGAUGGAGGGAAGUAUAUAUCCGUAGAAGCAGCAGUUUCUCAGGUUCGUUUAAUGCUCUCAGAUGGUGCAGAUAUGAUUGAUUUUGGUGCACAAUCCACACGUCCAAACGCUACAAAGAUAUCAGUUGAAGAAGAACUAGAUAGGCUAAUUCCUGUCAUUGAGGCUGUCACAAAGAUACCCGAGAUUGAGGGGAAGCUUUUAUCCGUGGAUACUUUCUAUUCGGAAGUUGCCUCAGAAGCAGUGAGAAAGGGUGUUCAUCUUGUAAACGAUGUAUCUGGUGGACGGUUGGAUUCCAGCAUGUACAAUGUUGUUGCAGCACUACGAGUACCCUACGUAGCAAUGCAUAUGAGAGGUGAUCCAUCUUCAAUGCAAAACCCCGAGAACUUGCAAUACAACGAUGUUUGUAAAGAUGUGGCUUUUGAACUUUACGAGAGGCUCAAGGAAGCAGAGUUAGCCGGUAUUCCUGCUUGGAGGUUAAUACUUGACCCUGGAAUCGGAUUCUCCAAAAAGACUGAACAUAAUUUGGACAUUCUAACUGGUUUGACAGCCAUUCGAACAGAGAUUGCAAGGAGGAGUUACGCGUUGUCUCAUGCCCCUUUAUUGAUUGGACCAUCAAGAAAGAGGUUCCUAGGCGAUGUCUGUUGUCGUGCUGCUGCAAGUGAACGAGAUCCAGCAACUGUUGCUGCUGUAACCGCAGGGAUGUUGAAUGGCGCCAAUAUUAUAAGAGUACAUAAUGUUCAAUAUAAUGCAGACGCCCUUCGUCUGUGUGAUGCGUUACUGGAAAGAAAACAGAAUACUUAGAUCAAACAGUUGGACACGAGCGACGUUUUUUUUUUUCUUUUGGCUCAUUCCUUUCUCAUUGUAAACCUCUAUUGCUCUGAGAUUUUCAUCUUUGUAAAAGAACUCUAACCUGAAAUGAUAUAUACCAGAAAGAACCAGAGUUUUGUGAGUGGCCA